CACAAGGGAACAACUCACCACUGCUACGUUGGCCCCUUAACAUUACAGCAUCACAAUGAGCUUCUCUAAUCGCAGUAUCUCUCAGUCGGCCCGCUUUGGGGUUCUUUCAUCACCCGGAGUGAAUCGGGCCCGCAGUGUGGCAGGAGGUGCCUCAACUGUCCGCAUGUCAUCGGCUAAUGUGACCAGCUCAGCCUUUGGGGGAUCCUCAGCCUUUGCAGGGUCCUCAUCCUUUGCGGGAUCCCCAGCCUUCAAUGUUAGUGUCACCAGCAACAAUGGCAAGGAGACCAUGCAGAACCUGAAUGAUCGUCUGGCCAACUACCUGGACAGAGUCCGUUCCCUGGAGCAAGCCAACCAUGAACUAGAGCUGAAGAUCAGAGAAUACCUUGACAAGAAAGCAGCAGUUGGCUCCCUGGAUUAUAGUGGUUACUAUAAUACCAUCAACUUACUGCGCUCCCAGAUCAAUGAUGCAACCAUUGACAAUACCAGGCUGGUCCUCAGUAUAGAUAAUGCCAAGCUGGCAGCCGAUGACUUCAAAAUCAAGUAUGAGUCGGAGAUGGCCAUUAGGACUGGAGCAGAAAGUGACAUAGUUGGACUGCGCAGAGUCCUUGAUGAGCUGACCCUCAAUAAAACAGACCUGGAGUUGGAGAUUGAAAGUCUGAAGGAAGAGCUGAUCUACCUAAAGAAAAAUCAUGAAGAGGAACUUGCUGUUGUUCGUAGCAGUGCUAGAGGCAAUGUGGACGUACAGGUAGAUUCUGCUCCUCCUGUGGAUCUGGCACAGAUCAUGACUGAUGUGAGGUCUCAGUAUGAAAGUAUGAUGGAGAAGAACCGCCAGGAGUUGGAAGCCUGUUACAAAGGACAGAGUGAAAAUCUCAACCAUGAAGUUGCCACCAACACAGCUGCUCUCCAGACAUCUAAGACAGCAAUUACAGACCUGAAACGCACAAUACAAAGCUUGGAGAUUGAACUUCAGUCUCUCUUGAGCAUGAAAGGGGCACUGGAAGGGACUUUGGCAGAAACCGAGGCCCAAUACAGGGCUCAGCUCAACCAUCUGCAGGCGAUGAUCACACAAGUGGAAAUGGAGCUUCAAAACUUACGGUCAGAUGCCGACCACCAGUCUUUGGAGUAUAAGAGGUUGCUAGAUGCCAAGACAAGACUGGAAAUGGAAAUUGCCACCUACAGACGCCUACUGGAAGGAGAAGACACCAGAUUUUCCCAGACUGAAACACAGAAAGCUGUUACCAUCGUCAGUAAAGAGCAGAGCUCGAGUUCCAUCAAAAAGGUGAAGACUGUGAUUGAAGAAGUCGUUGACGGGAAAGUGGUCUCUUCUAGAGUUGAGGAAUUGACUGAAACAUCCUAAAGAGAAUCUUGAGAUUGAAGAGCGUGUACCUGAGGAAGGGCAAUAGAAGAAUUGAAGUCAACCAAGAAGUUUGACAGUAAAAUGUCGCCAAUUGUAGCUACGUUUAUAAUAUGACAAAAGAGAGCGUAAAGAAAAAUAAAUGUCAGUGGGUGAUGCCAAAUCCGGCAUAUGUCUAUGUUUGACUCUUCCUUAGGGAUAACGCAUCCGAAUAAAGAAUUUCAAGUGAAAA